AUGUUUAGAAGCAUUAUUCCUACUACUGCUGGUUUAAAUAAUUCUAAAUAUGUUCAUGCAAAUAUAGAUGAGGAUUUUAUUUUUUGCAACAUAAAUAAAGAUGGGAUAAAUAGCAAUUUAGAGAAUGAAUUAAACUUAUCUCAAAAUGCAAUAAAUGUGGCAAAUUCGUAUAAUAUCAAUAUUGAAAAUUUAGAAAACUGUAAAACAUCAGAAGAAAUAGCAAUUAAGAUAUUAAAAUCUCAAAAUUUAGAAAAUAAAAGAAAAUACACAGAUAAUAACGAAAGAUACUAUCAGAAAAAUAAAAAAGUUUUAAAUUUAAAUAAUGAUCAAAUAAAUAUAUAUAAUCCUUCAAUUGAAAGUAUAUCACGAAAUAUGCUAAUCAAAGAUCAAUAUGAUGACAACAAUUUUCAAAAUAAUUUUAAAUAUUUCAUGGAAAAUACAAAUCAAUGUCAAAAGAAAAAUGAUUGCUUUAUAUUUAAAGAAAAUAUUGGUGAAUUAUGUCAAUCUUUAAAUAAAAACACAUCAAAUGAUUUCUUAAUUAAUAAAGAAGUAUACAGUAUCAACUUAGAUAGUAAUAAUAAUAAUGAAAUUAAUGAUCACUUAAUAGGCCAAAUAGAUUUAUUGAAGUUAGCUUAUAAAAGUCAACAUAAAAAUUAUAAGAUGCUAAAUAAUAUCACACCUACUUUAUGUAAUAAUAUAGAUAAUAAUAAUUUGAAUAACUUUUAUAUAUUUAAUUACACUGAUAAUCAUUAUAAUAAAAAUGUAAAUUUACAAGGAACUUAUGAAGAUAGAAAAAGUAUAGAAAAUUUAAAUAAAAUAAAUCAAAAUAUAAGUAGCCAUUUGACUAAUGAAAAUGAAGUUGAAGAAAAUACAAAAAUUAAUGAAUUAGUAAAUAUAAAUAAAGAAAAUAUAAGUUUAGGUAAAAAUUUCAAUGUUAAUACAAUUCUAAUAGAUGGAAUAAAUGAAAAAUAUCAAAUUGAUUUACUAGACAAUAUAACUGAUCCGAAUAAUUUAAGUGAGAUAAAUCAACUAAAUCAUAUAAAUCAAUUAAAUGAGAUAAGUAAAAUAAAUCAUUUAAAUAAUAUAAAUAAUUUAAAUGAGAUAAAUCAAUUAAGCGAGAUAAGUAAAAUAAAUAAUAUAAAUAAUUUAAAUGAGAUAAAUCAAUUAAAUGAGAUAAGUAAAAUAAAUAAUAUAGAUAAUAUAAAUCAAUUAAAUGAGAUAAAUAAAAUAAAUAAUAUAAAUAAUUUAGUUAAUAUAAAUCAAUUAAAUAAUAUAAAUCAAUUAAAUGAAAUAAAUAAAAUGAAUAAUAUAAAUAAUUUAAAUGAGAUAAAUCAAUUAAAUAAUAUAAAGCAAUUAAAUGAGAUGAAUAAAAUACAAGAGAGAGAAUUAAAUAAAAGAGAUCAAAUGAAUAAAAAUGAAUAUUUUAAUUCAAUCUCAAUUAUCAAUUAUAAUAAGGAAGAAAAUGAAGUGGAUAAAAGGUUAGUCACAUUAAAAAAUAAGGAAAAAAAUGACGAACUAUUACUGAAUGAUUACAACAUAAUAAAAUUUUCUUCUUCACCAUGUAAAAAAGACAACUUAAAAUCAUCAACUGAAAAUGAUAAUAAUUCAAUAAUAAAUGAAAAUACAAAUGAUCAAACAUAUCCUAAGAAGAAUAAUAACCUAAGCAUUAUUUUUGAAGAAAAUAUUGAAUUGUUUUUAAAUUUAAAUUCUAAUGAUUUAAACAAAAACAGAAAAAUGAAGAAACUAAUUAUAUCUAUAGAAGAUUGCUUAAAGAAUGAUAAAAAUAUAAUUUAUGAUAAAACUAAGAAAAUAGAAAUUUUAUUUGAUAAAAUUUUUUCAAAUUCAAAAGAAUUUUUAAGCAGAGAUAUAAGUUAUAGAAAAAAUGAAAAGAAACAAGUAUAUUCUGACGAAGACAAAGAAAAAUCAAAUGAGUUAUUAGAAAAAAAUUCAUUUUCAAGAAAGAAAAGUAAAAAAUAUAAUAAUUCUAAUAAUGAAAUUAUAAAUGAUAUAAUAUUUGGCCAUUAUAAUAUUUUACUGUACUUAAUUUUAUUGAAUUUCGAUUCUUUUAAAAAAUAUCUAAAUACUGAUGAAUUAAAUGAAAAGGUUCUUUUUAAUUUAAAAAUAAAUUUGAAAAAUAUAAUAAUAAAGUUAUGCCAAAAUGAAGUUAAAAAUAGAGUAAUAGAGUUCUACGAUAUUCACGAAAGUUUUUUAAUUCAGCUAAAUUUUAUAUAUGAAAAAUGCUUAUUAUAUAUAUAUGAUAUUUAUAUAUAUGUUGAAAAAUAUGAUACUGUAUUAGUUAACUUAAUAGAUUUGUGUUUACUCUCUUUUCAAAUUCAUUAUAAUGUACAAAACAUUAUUGUUAACUCUAUUAAUUUAUUACUAAAAGUGUUUAAAAAUGAUAACAAAAAAAAUUUUAAAAAAUAUAUUAUAGAUAACUUACUGUUAAAUAUAAGUAAUAUUAAUUUUAAAUAUAACAAAAUGAAUUUUAAAAACAACCAGAUUAACUCUACUUAUAUUCAUCUUAUGACUUUUUUUUUCAUAAAAAUUGCGGAAUCAUUUUCUUUGUAUAGCGAUGAUUUAAAAAAUAAGUUUUUAUUAUUACAGGAAAAAAAAAAAAAUAAAAAGAAGAAAAAAAAAAAUAAUGAUGAUGAUGAAGAAUAUAAAGUAGAAAAUCAAGAAAAUAGCGACAAUGAGAAAAUGUCCAAUUUAUCAAAUGAGUCUUUUAAUUUAAGCUUAUUUACUAGUGAAGAUGAAAAUAAUGAUAAAAAUAGUAUAAAUAAAGAGGAUGAUGAUAAUUUUCAAAAUAAUAUAAAAAAAAAAAAAAAAAAAAAUAAAAUAUACUCUCCUAAAAGUAAUUACACAAAUAAAGAAAAAAAUAUUGUAGAAAAAAAAUAUUCAUUAAGAACAAAGAAAAAUAAUAAAAUAAAUUAUGAUAAUAGUUUUGAAUAUGAUGAUUUAAAUAAAACAGAAGAAUUAAAUUUAUCACUAAAAAUUAAAAAUAAAAGAGAUUUAAACAAAAAGAAAUCCAUGAAUAUAGUAAAAUAUGAGGAUAAAUCUAUAAAAAAAAAAAAUUCAAAUAAAAUAGGAAAUGAGUCUAACGAAAAUUCUGAUGAAAAUUUCAAUAAUUUUAUAAUGAGAAUAAAUUUCAAAAGGUUAAAUAGCAUAAUAAACUAUAUUUUAAUAGAAAUAAUAGAAAAAAUUUUAUAUGAAAAUAAUAAGAAUGCAAAAAUAAUUUUACAGUAUUUUGUUUUAGAUUUAAUUAAAUGCUGUGAUAACCCUCUAUUUAGUAUAAGCACACUAUUUAUAAAAAACAUUAUUCAUAUAUUCCUUGAUAUCAUAAAUAAAAAAAAUGAAAAUAAUAUAAAAGAAACUUGCUUAUUUAUAUUAAGAUAUAUUUUUAAAUAUAUAUUUAAUAUUUAUAAUUAUAUAAAUUACUCAUGUUUUCACUUACUGUAUAAUUUCAAUAAAGAGCUAAAUAAAAAUAAAUUUAUAAAACCACUUUUUCAUAUUAAUAAUUUUAGCGAAUUUUCCAAAAAUCCUUUCAAUGAAUUUAAAGAUAUUGAAGGUAAAAAUGAAAAAGAAGAAAAAGAAAAGAAUAAUAAUGUCUGUACUGAUUUAAAUAAAAUUUUAAAUGAAGAAAAGAAUAUCACUAAUUUUAAUGAAGUACAAAAAUUUAUUAAGUGCUGUAAUGAAACAAAAAAAAAGGAAAAAUGUUUUCGAUGUUUACAAUGUGAAAGUAUUUAUCAUUUUACAUGUAUAUAUAAAGACUUUAAUAAAUUAAAUAUAGAAAAUAAUAUUUAUGAGGAGAACGAAUAUUUUGAUAAAAAUUUAUUCUUACCAUAUAAAAAAGAGUAUGAAGAUAAAAGCAAUAAUAAUAAUAAUAAUAUUAAUAACAGUAAAGAAGAAAAUAUAUCAAUAAUAAAUAAAAAAAACAUUUCAUGUAUAAUAGAUUAUGAUUGCGAUAAUUGUAAAGUAAAAAACAUAGUCAAACAUUUUAUUAUAAAAGAAACUCAAAUAAAUAAUAGUUUUUUAAAUUUAAAAUUUAAAAAAAAAAAAGAAAAAAAUAAAGGAUUUUAUAGUUAUGAAAAAUUUAUUAGCAAUUUAAAAGUUUUUGUUAUAUAUUAUUACUACAUAUUAAUACAUUUGAAUAAGAAUAGGUUAAUUGAAGAUAUAGAUAAAGACAAAAAUAAUGUUUACUCAUACAUAUUGCUUCUAUAUAAUGAUUUUACACUUAUAAAUGAAAAUGAAGAGGUUAAUUUGGAUUCAAAACAUAAAUCAUUGCAAAAAAAAAAAAAAUCCGGUAUCUCUACAAAAAAAAAAAAAUUAGAAAAGGAGAAAAAAAUAAAUCAUUUAAAAAAAUUAAAUGAUUUUUUAAUUUAUGAAUUUAAAAAUGCAAAAAAAAAAGAUGAAAUAUUUCUUUCAUUUAGUUACACAUACAAUUUUGAUAUAUAUAUAAAUUCUAUAUGGAAACUUUACCUCUAUUUUUUUUUUUAUGAUUUUUUCUAUUUGGCAUUUAGUCAAUUAUUUUAUAUACUAUAUGAAAAUAGUAAUAAAAAUCUAAGGUAUUAUAGUAUUUCUAUAAUCAAUAAUAUUAUAAACGAUAAUUAUUUAUAUCUUAAAUGCAAACAAACACAAAAUAUUUUAUUAUCAUGCUUAACAGAUAACUAUUUAAAGGUUCGUGAGUACACUCUUUAUAUUUUUUAUAAUUUUUGUAAGAAUUUUUUAGAGAUAGGGUUAUUAAUCAAUAAUAAUAAAAGAAAAAAAGAUAAACAGUUGGAUGAACUUAGUUGUUCCCCCAAAAAUCAAUCCCUACACCCAGAGUUAAAUGAAUGUUUUGAAAUAAAUAAUUGUAUAAAUGAUAAAGAUAGUAAAAAUAAGGAAGAGUUUGACAGUACUGAUGAAAAAUUUACUAAUAAAAAUGAUUACGAAAAACCUUGUAGUGAAUUAAAUAAAAAUAUUAAUUUUAACUCAUAUAAUAAGUCAGUUGAUUUAAAUGAAUAUAUUACUAAGGAUAUAAUUGAUUCUAUUAAAAGAUGUUCAAAAGAUAUAAAGAUUAGUGUAAGAAUUAUUAGUGUAAAAAUAUUAAAAUAUAUUAUUUAUUUUAAUAUUUAUGUAAAAAAAUAUAAUGAUAAUAAUAAUGAGGAUAAUAUAACUGAUAAUAAAUUUAUAGAAGAAAAAAGAAAUGAUAUAAAUUAUAAGAAAAAUAAACAGAAUUGUAUCAAUGACAACAUUUUAAUAUUAAAUGAUUUAAUGGAAAGAUAUGUUUCUACAUUUGAUAAUGAUACAAUGAAAAAUAUAAUAUUAGAGAUAUUAGUGGAAAUAUUUUUUAUAAACGUUUUUAUAAAAGCUGUGAAAGAAGACAAAAAUGUAUUACUGUCUUCACCUUCAACUAAGAAAGAAAAUAUCAAUGAAAAUUUGAAUGAAUCUUUAAUUAAUAGUACUGAAUCAGAAGAUAGUCAAUCAGUUGAUAUAGAAGAAGAUUCAAACAAAUAUAUAAAAAUAGAAAAAAAUAUGUACACUUUAUUUAUUCAUUUACUAUAUGUUAUGAAAAAUAAACACAAUAUAAAUAUAGUAAAUAAAAUGCUUGCACAUAUUGAUAAAAAUAUAAAAAAAUAUGAAGACAAGUUUGAUUUUAUAAAUGAAGUAUUGAAUAAAAAUAAUUUAGAAAAAAAUACAAAGAAAUUUAAAAAAAAUGAAAAUGCAAAUGGAAAUAAGAAUGAUUCUAACUAUAAAAUUGCGAAUAAGAAUAAUGAUUAUUUUGAUGAAGAAGAUGAAGAAAAUAAAGAAAUAAAUAAAGACAAUAAUUUAAUAAUUACAAAAAAUAAUAUUUAUAAUAUAUAUAUGAAUAGUUUUUACAAGCAUUUAGAAGUGUUAAAUAAAAAAAGUAUAAAAUAUAUUUUAGAAGUAUGGAUAUAUAACUUAAUUUGCUUAUUUAUAAAAAGUAGAAGAAAUAAUGUCCUUGAAAAUGAAACAAAAAAAAUUAUGAAUAUUUUUAAUAUUAUUAUUGAAAUAAUUCCAAGUUUAUUUAUUAAAUAUGUAAAUUUUUUCUAUCCAUAUAUAUAUAACAAUGACGUAUCAAAAGAUGUUUGUGAAUUAUUGUCUUCUAUUAUUCCUUAUUGUAAAUACGAUUUGCAACUAAAAUUACAAUUUAAAAAGGUAAACUUUAAUAAUUCUUUAAUAUAUCAUAAUAAUAUUUUUAUUUCUAGAUCCUAUAUUCACUUACUAUGCACAUUACAUACAUAUAUUUUUUGUAAUUUUGUUUAUUUUAAAAAUUAUAUUGAAGACUGUUUUAUAAAAUUGCAUAAAUAUAAAUUAUGUUUCCUUAUCAAUAAUUACAUUCUACAAUUAAAUGAUUUUGUAAGAGAAUUUUAUUUUAUGAAGCAUGAAGAAAAACAAAAUAUAAAACAUAAUUUAUGUCAGUUAUAUUACGAUAAAAUAAAAAAUAAUAAAGAUAUUGGAUACAACGAAAAUGAUAAUAAUAAUAAUAAUGAAAAUAAUGAGGAUCAUCCCAAUAAUUAUUUUAUUGAUAACCUUAUAGAUAUCAAAUAUGAAGAAUUUAUUUGUUAUUUAGAUAAAUAUAAAAAGCACAUUUUUGAAAUGUUUUCAAUAACACAAGAUGAUAUAUUAAAUAUCAAUAAAUAUGCAUGGUUUAUCUCCAUUAUGCUAGAAUUUAUAAAUAUGAAUAAAAUAAUUAUUAAUGAUGUCUAUUUAGAAGAUGUAGAUGAAAAUGUUCAUAUUCAAAUAAAAAACUUAAAAGAGAAUAAAAAAAAUAAUUCAAAUAAAAAAGAAAAUGAUCAUUUUUAUUCUAUAAAAUCAAAUAAUUUCAGUGAAAAUAAUAAUAUAAAAUAUAUAAAGUUAUCAGAUAUUAUAAAAAAUGUCAAAAUUUAUAGUAAUGGUAUUUUAUAUUUCGAGUUUAUAUAUAAUAAACAAGUAAACUAUAUUAAAAAAUGGAAUAUUUUGAAAUUAAAAAAUGAAAUUAUCUCUGAAAUAAUAAAAAAAAAAAUAAGUGUUCAAAAAAUAGAAAAAUUUGUAGAUAUAUGCAACUAUAAGUUUUAUAAUUUAUCCUUGAUUCUGGUAAAUUUGUUAAUAGAUAUGUUCUAUUUGUCCAAUGAUAUAAAAUGUAAAUGUUUUUUUCUUCAUUGUUUGAAUAAAAUUUUAUCUAAUUAUUAUAAUUCUCAUUUUAUCAAUGAUUUAAAGUUAAGAAAUGUUUUUUUUUAUUGUAUCAAUAGCUCUAAUGCCACCUUACAAAGGAGCUUAUUAUAUACUCUUCUUCAAUUAAUUAAAACAUAUGAACAUUUUUUAAGUAAUAAAAAUAAUAUUUUUAUUUCCCAAUACAAAAAAUAUAACACUAAUGAAAAAAAAUUGAGUGUUAAAAACUCUUUAGGUAAUAGUAAAAAUGGCAAUAUUUCUUUAGUUCAUCAGAAGAAUACAAAAAAUAGUAACAAUAAUAUUAAAAAAAAAAGAAAAAGUAUAAAAAAAAAUAAGAAAAAAUUAAAAAACAAAGGAUUUAGCGAUGAGCAAAUUACAUGUGAUGAAAAAAAUAGAUCAAUAGAUUCUUACAACGAUACACCUAGCUCAGAUUAUUUGAAUCCUAAAAUAGUUAGUACUAAUGGUAAUGAACGAUGUGAUGAAAUUUUGAGAGAAAAAAAAAAAGGAAAAGAAGAAAAAGUAAAAAGGGAAGAGUUGUUAGAAGAAAAGGAAACAGAAGUAGAAUAUGUAGAUGAUGAAGAAAUAGAAAAAAAUGAAAAAGAAAUAGACAAAAAAGAUGAUAAUGUGAUGGGGGGGGGAAAAAAAAAAGAAAGAAAUAAUGAUGAACAAGAAAAUGAAAACUUAAUGAAUAGGAAAAAUAAUAAAGAUAUGUUAAAUUCACAAAAUAAGGAUAUCAUUCAUGUAUUGUUAGUAGCUUCCUUAUUUACACAAAAAAUAAUUGAUAUAUUAAUGGUAAAUAAAUAUAUGUAUAUUGAUUGUACUGAUGAAGAAUUAAAUUUUAUCAAAAAUAUAGGAGUUCAAAUAUUAUAUCACUUAUAUAAAGAAGGUUUUAUACAAAGCAGUAAAAUAUCUCCAAGUAUUUUCUGCUUAUGUUUUUCAACGGAUUUGAAGCUUAAAUUACGAAGUGAAAAAGUUAUUAAUUGUAUUAUAGAAAAAGAAAAUUCUAACUUUUUAAAUAAUUUAGCUGAAUGCUUACAAUACAUGUUAUUUUAUAUAAUUGAAAACAAUUGCAUGUGUGAUAAAACAUAUAGCAAUAAUAUAAAUAGAUUAUUUUUAUUUAGUAAAAUGGAACCAUCCUUCUUUAAAAGUCUACUAGAUAUAUAUGACAAUUUGCCUAAUAAAAAAUUUAAAAUGAAAUAUCUAAAAGUUAUACUAAAAGAAAUUGAACACGCUUGUCAUUUUAUUUUAUACGAUAAAAUCAAAAAUUUUAUAAGAGAUGUAAAUAAUAAAUAUAAUAAUAAUAUCAAUAGUAAAAGUGUUAUAGUUGAAAUUUGUCAAAUCAAGAAUAUUUACUCACAUAUUAUUAAUAACUACAUUAAAUUAACUGACGAUCAACAAGAGAUCUUAAAUGAAUCACACGAAAAUGCUUCUAAUUCUUCUACAAUAAAUAAUAAAGAGGAUAAAAAAAGAAACAAAAAAAAAAAAUGUAAAGAAAGCAAACAAAACUUAUCAAAAAGUACCAAUAUGAAAAAAGAAAAAAAUUUCACAUCAGAUGAUACUUCAAAUAUUAGUAGUUCCGAAGAAAAUUAUAAUAAAAUAAAAUUUCUGAAAAAAGUUAAAGAAAAGUAUAAUUACCUUUUACAGCAUAAUAUGAUAAUGGAUGAAUACUCUUAUAUUAACUAUUUUGUAUUUUUAUAUUUACAAAUUUUAAUAUAUCUUAUAUCAUAUAUAAAUUAUACUACAUAUAGUGAAAUAACAUUAUUAAUUCAUGAUAUAAAUAAAGUGUACUAUAUUAUUUCAUCAACCAUAAAUUUUAACAGUGAUAUGGAAAAUUUUAAGUACAAUCAAGAUUCUAUUUGUUCACUUAAUGAGGAUAUAAGGAAUUUAACUAAUGAUGAUGAAAUCAAUAAUGAAAGUGAAAAUUUUUCGUUAGUUAAUUUAAAUUUAAAUAAAAUUAAAUGUUUUGUAAUAGUUUUAUUAAAUAAAUUAACACAUAAUUUAAUAAAACAUUACAAUAUAGAUACGUCAAAGUUACAUGAUUUGAAUGAAGAUGAAAAUAUUAAAGAAAAUAAGAUAGAAGAUGAAAAAAGAGAAGAAAAAAAAAAUAUUUUUAAUUAUUAUGAAUAUAUAUAUGACUGCAUUGAAAUAUAUAUAGAUGAUAAUACAACAGUCAUUGAAAAAUAUUCAAAAUACAAUUUAAAUAUGCACAACCUAAAUAAUGAUUAUUUAAAUAAGCUUAUAAAUGAUGGUAAAAAUAAAAAAAUUUUACAAAAGAAAAGACAAAGAGAAGUAACCAAACAGAAACGUUUGAUAUUGAAGAGUAAUAUUUAA